CAAAGCCCAACCGCUAAAGCACCCAAGGAGAGGGAGGCCGACCAUUAUAACCCACACAAAUUCCCCACCGAGAUAGAAGCGAACCCCGAGCCGAGCACUGAAAAAAAAAGGAGAGGAGGAGAAGGAAGAAGAAGCUAGAGAGUCGCGCAGCUAGAGAGCACAGAAAGGCGCGAGCUUUUCUUGCUUUUGGUGCCAUGGCGAGGUGGACGGCGCAGCGGAGCGGGCUGCUGCUCGUGGCGGCGCUCCUCGCGGUGGCCGUGGCGGCGGCGGACGACAGCGGCGAGAAGUGCACGGGCGGGUGCGGGAACCCGUGCGGCAUCCCGUGCACCUACUCCAGCCCGCCGCCGCCGGAGCCGGCGCUGCCCCCGCCCGUCUACUACCCGCCGCCGGCGCCCGUCUACUCGCCGCCGCCGCCCGAGGCCGUCUACCCGCCGCCCACGCCCACGGCCGACUGCCCGCCGCCCCCCACCGAGGGGUACACGCCCGCGCCCUACACCCCGACGCCGUCCACGCCCUCCGGCGGGUACACCCCGGCGACCCCCUCCGGCGGGUACAACCCGACCCCGUCCGGCGGGGACGGGUACAACCCGACGCCGUCCGGGUGGUUCACGCCGCCCAACAUGCCGUCCUACCUCACCCCGCCCGGCCCGCUCUACCCGCAGGACCCCGGGUUCCGGCCCAACGCCGCACCGGGCCUCUCCGCGGCGUGGCGCGCGGCCGCGAUCGCUGCCGUGGCCGUCGCCGGCGCCCUGGCCUUGUGAUCGCCACCGACCGACGCACCGAUCGCGCCAUGCCAAGGCACACGUGCGCGCGCGUCGCCGGAAGGCAUGGGGCUAGCAGCUGCACCAUUCGACCGGUCGAUCCAUGGAGCCGGACGUUGAGCCGCCGUGGUGAGCAUGGUAACCUUGAAGCGCGCGCAUGCAUGGCGUACGUACGUUUUAAUUGAUGAAUUCCGUUGAUUCCGUGUUGAUAAUAAGUAAGGUUAGGGGAAGAAGCAGGUCGAUCCAUCUCCGUGUUAAUAAUUUUUUUGAGUUUUUCAUUCGUGUUGUGCUCAUGUUCAUGUCGUACAUCGGGUCGGCAGAUGAACCGUUCUUGUCAUGUACGUACGUUGGGUCUCGUUGUUUUUCACUUUGGUCAGUCAAUCAUAGGAAGGAAGGAAAAGGGUGAAUGUUCAUCGAUCAGGCUAUGUGAUACUGAUACAUAAUAUAUAUGUCUCUGAUUACUCACA